AUGCCAGCCAAAUACAAAGGACAGACUGAAGCCGGAAAUGGAGCAUCGCGUAGCCUGCGAGAGGCGAAUAAAGGGCCAGGUGCAUACAUGCGAGGGUCAGGGAAGGGCGCAAUACUAGAGCCGUUGACAGAGUUCCGAAAGGGGCGAAGGUGCCAAAAACCGAAGAGUCAAAACAUGACACCUACUUGGAGCAAAGUUUCCUCGCAUCAUGCUCAAGUCCCCGGCGACACAGGGAAUAGUGCUGCGGCGAAAGGGUUUGGUGCUUCUGGGACAGGAAUUCGAAUGAAGAGAGGCUCAGCUGCGGCCACUGCACACAAUGAUGGGACUCCCGGGAGUGUCGCCUUAAUUGAUGGGAAAUCGGCUUUGCCUCCACCGAAUUCGACGCAACUGGGGUCUCCUCGCAGCCCUGUCCAACGCCGCGCCAACUUUCGCUCCAUUGUAUGUGGAAAAACUGCCGUUUCGCUGCUCAAGGAGCUGCAGGGAGAAGCUGGAAACCCGUCGUAUCUUCUGGAAACGACACCGGAAAGGUCUCUGCUGUAUGCCCUCCUUAACCCUGUUGUGCUUCUUGCGUUCUACAAGUUUGUGGAAGAGCAGCGCUACAAGCAGCUGACAGCGCUUAGACUUGCAAGGAACUCGCUGGAAGAAUUUCUUCCCAUAAAACCGCAGGUUUUGGGAGAACAUGUCUAUCUGUUGCACACUAUGGCCACAUUUUCCUAUUCACGGUCCUGCUUUAAUAAGACGAAGACGCUGUUCUACAUGCGUCGGUUGAUUGAGCCGUGUAUUGCGGUCUUGGUGUAUUUUGGAGUUUCUCCGGAAGCACUUGGAGUACCUCAGUUGCUGAGGCAGGUCGCGACUCCAGAUGUGAGCAAACGCGAGGGCGAGUACCGGGUGUGGCGUCCGAGUCGGUGGGACAUCAAGGCAGAAGAUUCUCUUGAAGGGAGCAGCGACACGCUUCAGGACCGGGCUGCUCACAAGCGCUUCGCCAGACAUCAGCAGCAGUUCGUACUGCAGCAGGAGCAGCAGCGACGUCCUACCAGCAAUGGCGCGCGGGAGUCCUUGCGCGGCCAGUGCAUCACCUCAAGCGAUUCUGUCUCUGGGCCUAUGUCGUUCGCAGCCGUUGCGUCAGCAGCGAAACCGACCUCAGGGAAACUGGAAGCAGUGCACACCUCGGAUGAACCGAAGCUAACAUGGGAUGCGGCGCUCCUUGCUCUGGUCGACGGGACGUCUCUCGUCAACAGGAGGGCUAGGGCCAAAUUUCUCUGGGCUGUCUCCGAUUGGCUGCUGGCGCUGCUGUUGCCUCUAUGGGAAGAGUUUAGAGGAGAAUCACUCCCCCAGCUGUUGCGGGAUGUGUACCAUCCUCGUUUCAGCGUCAAAACAGCCAUUCUUGACAAGAUCGCGCGCAUUCGGCAGCAGUCCGACGCGCUCCUUGCUGCCCUUUCUUCUGCUUCCCCAGGCAGCCCGGUUGCUGCUGCAGCAGCGGGGUCAAGGACAGCGCCCAAUUAUUCGGCUCUCGCAGAGUCCAUCCUCCCGUCACCGGAGGCACAGCCACUCCCUCAGCCUCAGCAGAGCGACUAUCAAGCUCUAUCGGCUGAGGGAGCAGCAUUUGGAACAGGAGACACUGGGGGACCCCCCGGAGGGCCCUCCACGCAUCCCACAGGAUCUCGAAAGGCUGCGCUGCACUCCCUAGCAUUUAGCUCGAACAUCCUGCAGAAGCAAAGCGCCCUUAAGCUGGGCCUUAUGUCUCUUGUUGAAGAGCGCGCGAGAGAACAGGGAGAGGGAAAGUUUGGUGGCGCGGCGAUAAAUACGGAAAGUCCUUGUUACGCCUUGACCGUCGCCAUGAUGCGGGGCAUGGAACUGAGCAACACAAUGAAUGCUGGCAUCGUGGCGCUUGCUCAUAGAGAUGGAAAUCAACUGGACUUAGGGUUCCUGUUGGAUGAGCCGUUGCUGUUGCACGUGCGGCACUUUCAGUUUAAUUGUGCGCCUCUGUUGCCUUCUUCUCUAAGCGUCAGUUUUGAGGACAUCGCCCCAGACGCAUUUGAGUGCGCUAGGGAAGUCGCAGGGAUUACGGACCAGGAAUACCGCAACAGUUUGUGCUCCACAGACUUUUCUUUCAUUGAGUUUCAGUCCAACAGCAAGAGUGGUCAGUUCUUCUUUUUCUCUCACGAUGGGAAAUUCCUUAUUAAAACAAUAUCGAAAGCGGAAGUUGCACAAGUGCUUCGCUUUCUUCCAGCAUACAUUGAUCAUAUUCUGAGCACGCCACUUUCCCUCCUAACGCGCAUCUUUGGGAUUCACAGAGUGGAGUUGUACUCGGAAACUCCCGCAGGGGCUUCAGAAGGGCCUCCCGAGGCUCCUCAUGUGGAUUUUCUUUCCUCGAAUAACGGAGUGUCUAGGAGGCGACUAGUGCCCCCCAAAGGGGAACCCGGGAUUGGUGCGCCGGUCGACGGGCCCAGCGGCGCCUCGUCCUCGAACAACAGCCCCCCAUGGUGCCCCACAACAAACCUUUCAACAUCGCCGAUUGGAUUCAACUACGCAGGCAAGAGGCAUGAGGGUGAAUCUGGGCGGCUAACGCCUCCGGGCACUAGCAAGGAGGCUGACGAGGCGGAUUCCUCUCCAUGGUGGACUGAGGGCAACAGCAGGGUAGGAACUCUCGGUGUAGGGGCAGUCGAAGGGGCUACUGGAGCAGGAGAAGCGAAAACAGCGGCAGCUGCAACAGGGGCUACACAACCACCGGCACAAGCGCGCUGUCAGCAAAAAACUGUAAAGCAAUCCUCAUCGUGGCUCACAAGAAAGGGGCCCUCCCCCUUGUUCUCCUCGCAACUCACAAGGAGAGUUUUUUCGGCAACCAAGGUAGGAAUGACCAAGAAAACGCUUGAGAAGGGGUCCAGCGCACAGAAGGACAUGGCCAGCAUCCUCGUGGCCGGUGGAUCCUUGCGAGAUAUGCAACCCGCAGCUCUCACCUCACGCAUGCAGUCUACACGCCAUAUCUGUACAGAUCCCACCUGCAGUCCUGGCAACAGAUCUCCCGGAGCGGCCCCAACUCACGCCGUGGCUCCUUGUGCACCUACGAGAGGGCAUGGUAGAGGGCUCGCUGCAGGCGGCCGGGGUCCCACCGUACAGGACAAAACAGCAGCAGGAGCACAGUCACCACCUGCAGCAGCCCAAACCGAAGGCGCCUUACCGAAAGGACAAGCGAGAGAGAGUCCCGAAGACAGGACUGCUGGCAACGCUGAGGAACCACCAACACCAUCGGCAACACCGAUCUCAGUGAGAUGCUGUUACCACGUCCGAUGGCGACGUGCUGGUUGCUGCCGUUUGCUGGCAAUGGGAUCGGAGCCGCGGGAUAUCAAGUCUCAGGAAGCCCAUCGCACUCUUGUCACUUCGGCAUACUUUAUCGCCAUGGGCACUGCGUUCGACCCCUCAUUGGGACUUAGCGAAGCGUAUGACAUAAAGGGCAGCAUCGUCAGCAGGUUGGCACGAGACGCAGACAGGGUCAAAAAGGAUGUCGACUGGCUGGAAAGCGGCAGGCGUUUGCGCAUGCGGGAGGACGAGGCCCGCAUUCUGUUAGCUGCACAUGAAAGGGACUGUCGCUUCUUAGAAGGCUUGGGGGUCUUCGAUUACUCCAUGCUUAUCGGAAUUCAUGAAUGCCGAGGACCUCUCAGAGACUAUACCACGAAGGCACAUCUUUCUCUGGAGAAGCUGGAUACUUGGGGGGACAUCCCGAACGAUGGCAUGCGGCGGAGUAUGGAGCCCGACAAGAGACGUCCUUCACGGCAGUCUCAUGGGGCCGUGAGUCUGUUGGAUCAGCAGCAACAUCAGGAGGAGCAGCCUUCGCAAGUCGCAUGUUUCCAGGAAGCAGCCGAUACCACACAUCCGUGGGAUCACAUGGACUCUCCUGCGAUUCCCCUUUCAACGGCAACGCCUUCGCCGCCUCCGCACUUGCUCCAUACACCGACAGAAGUAGAAGCUUUAAAGUCAGUUGCAGCGCCCCCAGGGCCUCCGCGAUCCAACCACUCUGAUGGUGACAGCCGCAUACUCUCAGGCGACAGCCAGGCUAGAGUCAACGUUGUACCCAUUAAAGGCCACGAACUGUCUUCUCGCAAUUGGGAUGGGCCCCCGCGGGGCUCCUCAGCAUUGGGAGGCUCUGUGGAGUCGUCCAAUAUCCUACUUGCAGCGCAGGAAGACGUGGAAGGGUCUGGUGGAUCCCCACAAGGAGUGCCGUCCUUUUCUGCGGGGGCCUCCAUGGGCGUGGCUCCCCCAUCCCAAGAAACUGCUGAAGAGAUUGCUGACCAGGCUUUCCAAGAGACCCCCGAUGUUGCUAAUGCAGUGAAUUCAGCUGUCGAUUUUGCGUGUCAUUCUGUAGUGUCUGGCGGCACACCGCGUUUUGCCCCUACAGAUCAGUGCCCGGAGCCCACAAGGGGGCCCCUAGCCCCCAGAUCUAGCCUUCCAAGAAGGGCCACCAGAUCCAAGGGGACUCGCAUCAGCGACGACAAUAGCGAAACCACAAGAACCGUCUACUACCCCUAUGGACAGAGCGUAGCCCUCUCCAGGGCGUUUACCCAAACAAGCACACCCUACCUGGGUGCCCCCGCUUUUGAAGGGGGAUUUGGCUUGAAGGUGAUGAGUGUUGACCGCCGGGAAAUAUUUUUCUUUGGUUUGAUCGAUUUUCUCUCUCCGUACACUGCGCGGCGCUACUUCCAUACCGCCUAUAAGCGUCUUAAGUCUACAGCCACUUGUCAGUUCGGCGAGAUCUCGCCGGUUCCCCCUGGGUACUACGCCAGGCGGCAAAUAGAAUUCGUUCAGCAACAUGUAAUAGAGGCAGUGCCCUCAUCGAGGAAUUCUUUCAGUUCGAAGGAAGAAGGAACUUCUAUGGGUUUCACGCAGCAGCUUUUCCAAAAGGGCGACUCCGACAGGAGGUUCUCAACAUUGCCUCCUGUGGAGCAGGAUACACUUGUCGAGGACCCCUGUUGGCCAUGA